AUGCUUUUUCUGAAAUUUAUGUUUUUAUUGCUUAUGGUAAUCCCUCCGGUAGUGUUACCAACCAUACUACUUGCCAGCUCUCGUACCGCAACUUUGUCGGCGGCUGCCAAGUGUGGGAGGUUCUUCGCAGGUUUUGGCGGCGGCUUAAUCGUCACGGCGCUUGUUGGGUGUGCUUAUUGGUUCUUGGAUUAUCACUCGCCGAAAGAGAUGGUCGACUAUGAUAUUGGUGUUUCGGAGCUAUAUGAUCCUGCUCGACUCCUGUUUUUCUACGAGGCCCAGCUGCGGCAUUGGAAAACGAACCCUAGUUUGGCAAUAGACGAGAUUAUCAGUGAAGACAAACAUCUCAUGAGCUUGGAUGAGAUAUAUGAUGAUGAGAUAGACGCUCUAGAGAGAUAUGUGGUCUUGAAGAAGAAGAUCAUGAACAAAUCGAAAAAUGCGAAGAGUUUAGAAGACGCCACGAUGACCUGGCUAGAAGGCAGAGCUGAGUUUUCCAUGGAGCUCAUUUGGAAGACGCUAGAAUGCAGACUUCGCAUUUUACGUCUGAUUGAAGACUUGAUCCAAUGCCCAGAGAGCAGAAACCAAUUCCUGCUGACGCGAGAACUUUGUUUGGAGUACUUGAGAGUCAAGAAAGCCUUGGGCGAGUUUCGGUCGGAGGGCUGGGCAGCUUACAUCGGGAAGCAAUUUGGCUGUGAGAAUGAGAAUGGUUCAGUUUUUUACAACUGUUUACAAGAUAUACCUGGAGCAAUGUCUCCUGCGGAGGAAUUAGAGCGUUGUCUUCCAAAAGCUAGUCGACGAGAAUUGCGCAAAUUCCGGGAACGUUGA